GAUGAUGAAGAAUCUUAGGUUGCUGAAAAUCUAUUUGGAUCAUGAAUCUUCUUCUAUGAGGGACGAUAAUAAAGUAAAGUUGUCCAAAGACUUUGAAUUCCCUUCUUCAGAGCUAAGAUAUCUCUAUUGGCAAGGAUAUCCUUUGGAAUCUUUGCCAUCAAGUUUUUUUGCGGAGGACCUUGUAGAACUUGAUAUGCGUUAUAGCAGCUUAACACAACUUUGGGAAAAUGACACGCUUCUUGAAAAGUUAAAUACUAUCGGACUGAGUUGCUCUCAACACCUCAUUGAAAUUCCAGACAUCUCAAUUCGUGCACCCAAUCUAGAGAAACUAAUUCUUGAUGGUUGUUCAGGUUUGCUUAUGCUUCACCCGUCUAUUGGAAAGCUGACCAAGCUUAUUUUAUUGAAUUUGAAAAACUGCAAAAAGCUUAGCAGUUUUCCUAGCAUCAUCGACAUGAAAGCGCUUGAAAUUCUUAAUUUCUCUGGCUGCUCAGGGCUUAAGAAGUUUCCAGAUAUUCGAGGUAACAUGGACCAUUUAUUGGAGCUUCAUUUGGCUUCAACUGCUAUCGAGGAACUUCCCUCCUCAAUUGGGCAUAUCACUAGACUUGUUUUAUUGGAUCUGAAAAGGUGCAAAAAUCUUAAGAGUCUUCCCACGAGUAUUUGUAGGUUGGAAUCCCUUGAAUAUCUGUUUCUUUCUGGCUGUUCAAAACUAGAGAAUUUUCCAGAAGUAAUGGUGGAUAUGGAAAACUUGAAAGAGCUUCUUUUAGAUGGAACAUCUAUAGAAGGGCUACCCUCAUCAAUUGACCGUCUAAAAGGCCUCAUUUUAUUGAAUCUGAGGAAAUGCCAAAACCUUGUGAGUCUUCCAAAAGGCAUGUGUAAAUUGACAUCUCUUGAAACACUCAUUGUCUCUGGUUGUUCACAAUUGAACAAUUUGCCAAGGAACCUCGGGAGCCUGCAAUGUCUAGCACAGCUCCAUGCAGAUGGAACUGCUAUAACACAACCACCUGACUCAAUUGUUCUCUUGAGAAACCUCCAAGUAUUGAUCUAUCCUGGAUGUAAAAUAUUAGCACCUACCUCUUUGGGGUCACUCUUUUCAUUCUGGUUAUUGCAUAGAAACAGUUCAAAUGGGGUCGGAUUGCGCUUGCCUUCUAGUUUAUUUAGUUUCAGGUCCUUCACAAAUUUAGAUCUAAGUGACCUCAAACUAAUAGAAGGAGCAAUCCCCAAUGAUAUUUGCUCCUUAAUAUCAUUGAAGAAAUUAGAUCUAAGCAGAAAUAAUUUUCUAAGUAUACCUGCUGGCAUCAGUCAACUUACAAAUCUAAAAGACCUCAGAUUGGGGCAUUGCCAGAGUCUCAUAAUAAUUCCAGAGCUUCCCCCAAGUAUCCGAGACGUAGAUGCACACAAUUGCACUGCCCUUUUUCCAAGCUCAUCCAGUGUAUGCACAUUGCAGGGGUUACAGUUCCUAUUCUAUACUUGUUCCAAACCAGUUGAGGACCAAUCCAGUGAUCAAAAGAGAAAUGCAUUAGAAAGAUUUCCACAUAAUGAUGCGUCUUCCUCUGCUUCUGUUUCCUCUGUAACUACCUCACCUGUUGUGAUGCAGAAAUUGCUUGAAAAUAUUGCAUUUAGUAUUGUUUUUCCUGGCAGUGGAAUUCCCGAGUGGAUCUGGCAUCAGAAUGUGGGAUCGUUUAUAAAAAUAGAGCUGCCUACAGAUUGGUACAAUGAUGACUUCUUAGGAUUUGUUCUCUGCUCUAUUCUUGAACAUCUCCCUGAGAGAAUUAUAUGUCGAUUGAAUUCUGAUGUUUUUUAUUAUGGAGACUUGAAAGACUUUGGUCAUGAUUUCCAUUGGAAAGGAGACAUUCUUGGGUCAGAACACGUCUGGCUGGGUUAUCAACCAUGUUCCCAGUUGAGGUUGUUUCAAUUCAAUGAUCCCAAUGACUGGAAUUACAUUGAGAUUUCUUUUGAAGCAGCCCAUAGAUUCAACUCAAGUGCAUCCAAUGUGGUGAAGAAGUGUGGGGCAUGUCUUAUAUAUGCAGAAGAUCUUGAAGGAAUCCAUCCACAAAAUAGAAAACAACUUAAGAGUAGGGGAUGUAAUGUAGUCGAGAGAAGCAGUGACAGAGAUGGACUCCAUGGAAGUGGAAUGGACUCUAGUUCUAGUGGUAGCAGUCAGGGGCCCUCUAACAGUCCCACGCUCAAGCUCAAGCGCAAACGCCCUCAAGAAUGACUACCAUCAUCCAGGCGCUUUCUUCCAAUAAAAACCUCUCCUCUGUUGAUUUGGUCAUGCAUGCUUGAAAUCAAUGAUGAUUUUUGUUGUCAAUGAUUCUUGGCGAACUCCUCGAAUCAUGUCAGUAUAUUAUAUCUCUGUCAACCUCUGCACUGGGUGGCGCAUAUGAGUUGUUUGAGUAAGAAAAUGAAGCAAAGUUGGUGUUGGGUGAUGAAUGCAAGUUGUCGGCUAUUAUUUAUGAACCUAGUUGGUUCCUGCGGAGCAAUUCCUUUCCAAAUUAAUGCAGCGGUGCCACCAGCUUGGAAUUUUGCAUUCUUAUGAAUUAUUGUAUAUAAUUGUCAGCUGUUCUUUAUGCACCCAGUUAGUUUCACUGCUGUGACAAAAGUGCUGGAAUGGUUUACUCAAUUCAUUGUUUAUAGAAUUUGGUGAAAUGUUAUCUGGUUGGAUGGUCUUAACAUCAGUAAGAUGUUCAGCUUUAAGAGUGAAGAUACAGAGAUUUUAAAAAUGGCAAUGUUU